UAUUGUUUACUUCCAGUGUUUUCUGUUUUCAGUCACCCAAGUGCAAUAAUAUUUUAAAAGUUUUGCAAUUAUAAAGUGAUUUAUCGUUACUUACGCAUAAAAUUAUGUUCUAAACCCGAGGUGACAACGUUUAAAUUGUAGUUAUCAUGUCGUGGCUACAAGACCUGGCCGGAAAGGCAGAAAAUAUUCUCACAAAAAUAGAUCAAAAUGCAGCGACAGUUCUGACCCGCCAAACAAAUGAAAAUGGUGAUGUGGAAGCCGUGGAAUCCCUUUUGGAAGUCACAACCGUUCCCGCUGUUGAAUAUUCUUCAGCAGUAAUCUUGAAACCUUCGGCUUCGAAAGCACUUUCCUUGAAUGUGAAAACUUCAUCUCCCAGAGGAAUGGUUAGAUCUGCGUCUUCGGCGUCACACGAAAGGAACAUUUUUGUCGAUAUUGAGGGAGGUUCCGCGAAGUCUGAGAGACAAACAUCAUCUCGGAGAAGCUCCAUCAGUUCAAAAAAAGAUGGAACUGUUAUUGAGUUCAAUGCCACUCCAGAGGUCAGUAAUGCGGCUUCCAGUACUGGAUACACAUUAGAAAAAGAGCUGGCUGCAACGAAAAUCGUUCUAGCGGAAAUUAAAUCCGAAAGAGACGAGUUGAAAAUCGAGUUAGACAGUGCUCAAACGCAAUUAAACAAUUCUGACCAAGAAGAUAAGAUCAAAGAGCUGGAAGCUUUGUGUCAAUCAUUGAUUGAUGAGAAAAAUGAGAUGUUUGUCAAGCAAACCCUAAUAGAAGAUUCCAAUGCCAAAUACAUCAAAUCGAUAUCGGAGCUAGAAUCGAUAGUUUCGAAACAUAUUCAGAACGAACAAGAACUCCAACAAAAACUGAAUAUCGCUAAAACGGAAACUGAUAACGCCAUUUCGGAAUUGCAACAGUAUCGAGUGAGAGCCCAUGCAACCCUUCAAUUGAAGGAGAAAAUGAUCGAACAGUUAAAGGAUAACGUAAUCCCAAACACCGAGAGUAGGAACGGCAUAGUAAAUUCUGAGCAAAUUAUGCUUAUUGAACUGGAACAAUUGAAAAACGAACGGCUUAAUCUAGUUGAAGAGAUCUCCGUUCUCAACGACAAGUUUGAACGGAGCAAACAGCAUUGGCAAACGACGGAGCAGAGACUCCGAGGCUCCGUGAGUGAGCUGGAGGGCAAGGUAGAAGACUUGCAGCAGCGGUUAAACGUAGAAACUACCAAGCUGCACCAGCUGGAUGAUGACAUGAGCAUCAAACAAAAAGAAUUGCUUUCAGCGCGGGAGGAAAUCGUCAAGCAACGAACUGCAUUUUCCCUUCGAAUUCAUGAGAAAGAAGCGGAAAUUACAAAGCUGCGCAACAGAAUGCACCAUCGGCCCACCAGUCCCUCUUCGGAUUUGGAGCUCAGAUUAUCUUCUCUCACACAAUCGCUAGUGCAGAAACAGAAUACCUUGGAAUCUGUUACCGCCGAGAGGAAUGCGCUGCGUCUUCAACUUGAGAAAUUGGAUACUCAAUACCGAGGAGUGGUCUCACAAGUCCGACAGCAACGAGUGCCAUACACAAGUUCCAAUGAAACAGAUGAUGCCAAAUCACAGGUACCGAACUUCAUGGUCGAAAAUCCCUUCGACAACAAAAUGGCAAGGCGCGUGAAACGGGCCUACUCGUCGUUGGAUUCCAUCGGCAUACGGCUGGGUGUGUUUCUUCGUCGAUAUCCGUUGAUUCGGAUAUUGGUCAUUUUCUACGUUGCCCUACUGCACCUGUGGGUAAUGUUUGUGCUUCUAUCAUCCACGCCGGCGUAGUUCAAAUGAACAGGUUAAGGGAACGAUGAAGUUAGGGAGUGAGUGCUAGUUAUGGACCCCUUAACGACGGAAACUUACUUCAAUCGCUUCGCUAGUGUAAGACUCAUGACAAAUUGCCAUUCUGCAGCACUAGAUGACAAGCAACAGGUAUCAGCAUCGCGUUUCGUACAUAACACAUGGUAAAACAUUUAUUUUUACUACUAAAAAAUGUAUUUUAAAAUUAUGUAGCCAGGUUGCCUAUUAUGGCCACCCCCGGGUCCAUAAUACGCAACAUCGAGUUUGUUUACAUACGUAUUAUGGUGCCCCCAUUUGAUUUACAUGUUCCAU